GUCGAGUAGAAGUGCAUCACCAUCACCACCUUUACUCCAUCGGAGUAAACAGCACCACUCAGUACUACAGCUUUAAUUUCAUUCCCCCUCUGACAACGUUCCAUAUUAAAUGGCUAAAGGCGGCAAGAAACUUGGUGGUGGAAGCGGAGGCGCUGGACGCGCAGGAAAGGGCAGCGGCAAGAAGGCCCGAGUAUCUGGAAGAGGCACAUCCACAGCAUCUACCGACAGCAAGACACCAAAGAAGUUUGGGCAGUUCAGUCGCAAAGAGCGUGAUAUGAUGGAGGAAUAUGGCGAAUUGGUUCCCCAGGACUUUGAGGAGGACGAGAGUGAUCGCGUGAGCUCUUUCCGCAAAGUUGUCAAGGAGUCAGAUCUCGAUUAUCAGUCGGCAGCAAAGAGAGAACGCGACAUGGAAUCGGAUGGCGAGGUAGAGGAAGACGAAUAUAAAUUAGGUCGUCCCUCGGCAUUCAACAAGCUGGUCGGUAUACUGAAAAAGAGCUCUAAGCGUCAGGACGAAUGGAAAAAGAGGAAACUUGAGGAGGAGGGUCUGGAAGAUCUUGAGGAGGAAGAUGAGGCGCCAGAGGUCGAGGAAGAAGUCGUAAUAUUGACCGAAGCAGAAAGGAAAGCGUUGAUCAAGAAGCACGGCAAGAGCUACCUCAAGGCUCUUGAUGGAGAGGACAUGGACGAUGAGGUCGAAAGCCCUGACGAAGAGGACAUCGAGGAUGAAGAAGGUGACGCAACUGCAGAAGAGGAAGGUAGUGCUGACGAGGAGGACAUGGAGGCAAUCGCUAAGGAGCGGGAAGACUUGGAUGACUCUGACGAAGAAGGGCACUAUUUGAAGUCAAAGGACAACUUUGAUCGCCACUUCAGUGAUAUGGUUACUCCACUACUGGCACCCAAGGUGGCCGUCGUGGAAUUAGCAGGAAACAAGUGGAAGAGUGUCUCAUACGAGGAUCCUGUUUUGAAGCGAGUCGAAAUCUUCGAUCCGGAGAACGUGGAGGGAUAUCGCAAGGACGAAAAACCAAAAAAGACCAAAAAAAUGGACCUGGAGUCACUCAUGGUCAAGCAACGUAUUCAAGUCCACUGGUCGGAAGUUAACAAGUCUACCUUGGAGCCAUCGCCACUAACGACCUCGAAACUCUUUACGACAUUGCAGGGGGCGCUUAUUGAGCCGGUCAACGAAUACAAGGAUAUCCUCUUUACCAACCGCAGUACGCAAAAUGCCAAGGAGAUCCGGAAUCUGUACUCCCUGCACGCACUCAACCACGUCUUCAAAACCCGUGAUCGCAUCUUGAAAAACACGGGCAAGCUCCAGCGCUAUCAGCAGAACCCGGACUCAUCUGCCGUUGUGCCAGAAUUCAGAGAUCAAGGAUUCACUAGACCCAAGGUCCUCAUUAUCCUGCCAUUCAAGAACACCGUAGUCGAUGUUGUGGAGACAUUAAUCGCACUCAGUGGAUCAACGCAGCAGGAUAACAAGAAGCGUUUCUUUGACGAAUUCGGCGCGGGUGAGGAGGUAGAGGAUGAUUCCAAAAACCAAGACCGUCCCGCUGACUUUUUGGAGACAUUCAGAGGCAACAUUGACGACCACUUUCGGGUGGGCAUCAAGUUUACGCGCAAGACCCUGAAGCUGUAUUCUGACUUCUAUUCAGCGGAUCUGAUCUUGGCGUCGCCACUGGGUCUGAAGACCGUCAUUGGGGCCGAAGGAGACAAGAAGAGGGAUUUCGAUUUUCUGGCGUCGAUCGAGGUGGUGAUUGUUGACCAGGCCGACGACAUGCUGAUGCAGAACUGGGAUCACUUGGAAACAGUGUUCGAUCACAUGAAUCUGAUCCCGAAGAAUGCACAUGGCUGCGAUUUUUCCAGAGUCCGUAACUGGUCUCUUGACGGCCGUGCCAAAUACGUCCGCCAGACUCUCCUGUUUUCCAAUUAUCUCACUCCAGAGAUCAAUGCGCUCUUCAAGAAGUUCUCGCGCAAUGUCGCAGGCAAGCUGAAGAUCACGCAGGCCUAUGAGCAUGGGUCUAUCGUUGAUGUUGUCCCUCUGGUCCAGCAGAGCUUUAAUCGCAUCGAAACCCGGACGCUGGCGCAGGUUGACGACAGCCGGUUCCAGUAUUUUAUCGACAACACGUUGCCGCAACUCCGCCGAUCCGCUGUUACACAGACACAUACCAUGAUUUUUGUGCCCUCCUACUUUGAUUUCGUUCGGCUGAGGAAUUAUUUCACUGAGAACAAGUAUUCGUUCGCUGCUAUCUGCGAGUACACGACCAACGCUAAUGUUUCAAGAGCCCGCUCGAGUUUUUUCCACGGCGAGGUGUCGUUCUUGCUCUACACGGAGCGUUUCCACUACUUCAGGCGGUACAAUAUUCGAGGAACGUUCCAUCUUACAUUCUAUGGCUUGCCCGAUCAUCCACAGUUCUAUCCAGAGAUGCUCAACCUUUUGGCAUUGCCUGCAGGAGGCGAGAAGUCGCGGUCCAAGCAUGUAGGAGCGACAGGAUUGGAGGACCGUGCCAUGUCAUGCACAGCAUUGUUUACCAAGUACGAUCUGCUGAAAUUACAGAGGAUCGUUGGUACGGAAAGAGCGAACAGCAUGUGUAAACAGGAAGGACGCGACCUCUUUGUGUUUACGUAGACAAUCACCUCUUGCACUUC